GGAUCUCCCGUUUCUGCCUAGCAUGGAAAAGCGAGCCGUGAGGGAGCUACAGAAGGAAUGCCGGCAGCUACUGUCAGCAUAUCCAAGUAGCUACGAACAAGAUGUGAAGCUCAUGGCGGCAGCUGGAGAGGACAAGUCCGUGAGAUGGAAGUCGGCGUUGAAGUACAGGUCUGAUGAGAAGCUGUUCUUGAGAAAGGUGGUGAGGAUCUUGGAUGUCUACUUGUCCAGACUUUUGUAUUGAGUUGGCUCCUCACGCCCCAAAAAAUGCGAAACAGCAGGCAAGGAAUGAGAACCGUUACUACGCUCGAAUGCUCCGCGACUGCUACAAGAGCACGGAUGAUCCAGCGGACGUUAUCCUGUGGAAAGGGAAGGGGAUAUUGGAGGAGAUCAAGGCGGCGGGGGUGGGAUUGGAUUCUUUCCUUGGGAAUCACGUAGUGGACAUGUACCUUCGUUGCGGUUGCUUGGAGGAUGCGCGCCGGACAAUGGAUGAAAUGCCAUGCAGGGACGUCAUUGCGUGGACCAACAUGAUUGCAGCAUUUGCCCAGUCUGGGCAACACACGAAAGCAGUUGCGAUGCUUCACGAGAUGCAGCUCGACGGCGUUAUGCCCGACGGUUUCACAUUCACCACGGUUGUCAACGCCUGCGCUGAAGGCAAGCGAGCCUUUCUGCUGCCCAUAGGAAGGAGAGUCCACGCUCGAAUCCGAGACUGUGGCCUGGCCUCUCACGUCGUGAUUGCCACAGCGUUGGUGAAGAUGUACGCAGCACACGGAUGUGUGGGAGAAGCAGUAGAUGCGUUUGAAGGAAUCGAGCUGCAGCAAAGGGACGUGGUGUCUUGGACUGGUAUCAUCACCGCAUUUGCCGACAACGGGCAUUCGCAGGAGGCGUUAAGCCUGUACCGGAGAAUGCAGCUCGAGGGGAUGGCGCCGGACAAGGUAACCUUUGUGGCGUUGCUCAAUUCCCCCGAGUUAAGCCUCGCCCAAGGCCGCAUGCUCCACUCGCACAUUCUGGAGUUCGAUGGAGGCAGAGACCUCGUCAUGGAGACCGCUGUCGUCAACAUGUACGCCAAAUGCGGCAGCCUGCAAGAAGCGCGAGCGGUGUUUGAGCGCAUGGAGCAACCAAACGUGGUAACCUGGACCUCCAUCAUCUCUGUCACCUCCCAGAGCGGACAUUCUCUCGAAGCGCUGCUGCUGUACCGCCGGAUGCUGCUGUCGGGUGCCAAGCCCAACGCCGUUACUCUCGCCACCGUCGCCUCGGCAUGCGCUGCGGUGGCGGCGCUCGGCCAGGCACGCUUCUGCCACUCACACGUUCGCGAGGCCGGCGUUGCCGAAGACCCCGUCGUGCAAAACGCCCUGGUGAGCAUGUAUGGGAGAUGUGGGGCUCUUGACCAUGCUGCCGGCAUCUUUUUCACGUCCAGCUCCGCCCCCGCUAACCUCGUGUCGUGGAACUCCAUGCUCGCCGCAUUUGCCCAGCAGGGCCAUCCUGCCGCGCUGUGGCUCUUCUCACACAUGCUCCUCGCAGGCAUUUCGCCCGACGCCAUCACCUUGACUAGCCUCCUCGCCACCUGCGCCCGCCACCCAGCGCUGCUGAAAACCGGCUGCUCCCUCUACGCGGCCAUGCGUCAUGGCACCGACUUCGCCGUGCCAGUCUCCACUCAGCACUGCGGCUGCAUUGUCGACUUGCUGGCUCGCUCCGGUUAUCUCGGCUAUGCGGAGCGUUUCAUCACGAGCAUGAUGCCGUGCGCGCCAGACGACAUAGUGUGGAUGAGCCUGGUGGGCGCUUGCAGGAAUUAUGGUGACUGGGAGCGCGGGCGACGAGCUGCACAGCGAGUUAUGGAGCUCAAUCCGGCCUACGUCGGGGCCUACAUCCUCAUGUCCAACAUGUACGCGGCGCAAGGGAGAUGGGACGAUGCCGCCGGUGUUAGAGAGCUCAUGGCUCGUCGGGGCUUAGCCAAGGAAGCCGGGUGGAGCUCCAUCGAGGUGAGGAACAAAGUCCAUGUCUUCACUGCCAAGGAUUGCUCGCAUCCCAAGAGUGAAGCCAUCUAUGCGGAGCUCCACCGCCUGGCGCUGCUUCUCAAGGACGCCGGUUACGUUCCAAACACGAGCCUCGUUCUGCAAGACGUCGAGGAGGAGCUCAAGGAGCAGCUGCUCUUCUGCCACAGUGAAAAGCUGGCAAUUGCUUUUGGGGUGGUCAGUAGUACUAAGCCUCGUAGCACGCUUCGGAUCAUCAAGAACCUUCGCAUGUGUGGUGAUUGCCACAAUGCAUUCAAGCUCCUGUCGAGCAUCCUCGAAAGAGAGAUUGUCGUCAGGGACACCAAGCGCUUCCACCACUUUUUACACGGCCGCUGCCACUGUGGAGAUUACUGGUAAGAUGUAUAAAAAAACAUGGACGUUAACUUCUUGCUUUGGCAAAUCACCCUCAUAACCUCAGUCAACUCAAGUCGAGUCGCGCGCGAGCUGGCCGUUGAACGGCGCGACGCCUACUUUGACCAACUACGGUAGGCCGUGCACCUCCGUAGCGUGCCGUGCUGUACACUCCAAGUACGGCACAGAGAAGAACAAUUCAUUUCGGAGAUUACUGCUAACACACACAAGUGAUACAAGAGCAGCAAGCACAUUAGAUAGGUAACUCUCAAGGUACAAAAAAGGAGAAAAAAAAAAAGCAACCAGCCACUUUGGUGUCAUACUAGCUAGCUUACCAACACCAGCAUUGAGAAUUAAGGA